AUGGACAACUCGCAUAUCGUAUCUCUGGGUGUUCUCGCCCCGGGAAUAAUGGAUAGGUGGACAUUCUACCCUGCUGGCGCGUCUUUGCUUGACCUCACGGGGAAAGUGGUUAUUGUUACUGGCGGAAAUACAGGAAUCGGCUAUUGGACCGUUUUACAUCUCGCUAGGAAAGGCGCCAAGGUAUACCUUGCUGCAAGAAAUGAAAGCAAGGCGUUGGACGCGAUCAAGAGCAUGACGGAAGCGGGUAUUGGGUCAGGGCAAGUCAUCUGGCUCCCCUUCGACUUGAAGGACCCGAGGUUAGCCAAGAAAGCUGCAGAGGACUUUCUGAGCAAAGAGAAGAGGCUGGAUGUUCUUGGUGACCAUAUCAGCACCUUCCUUUUCACUCAGACACUGUUACCUCUUAUGAUAGAGACGUCCAAGGCACCCAACUCGGACGUCCGUCUUGUCAAUGUUGCAUCGGUCGCACACCUAAAUGGCCCAGCCGCGAAUCCCGACAUUCGUUUCAAAAGCAUUGAAGACUUCAAUGGCGAAUACAAGGAAGAGUUUUGGCCUGAUUCAGCCCGCUAUGGGGUCUCGAAACUCAUGAACGUCAUUUAUACCACCGAGCUGCAACGCCGUCUAUCUGCCAAGUCGAUUCCUAUCACCUGCAUCUCGCUUCACCCUGGAAGUGUCGACACCGGCUGGGCGUGGAGAACCCCUUACCCUCGGCUCGCUACUAUCGCCUUUAAGCUCUUCUUCAUCGGGCCUAACCAGGGAGCGUAUACGUCUUGCUUCGCUGCUGCGUCACCUGUCUAUAUCAUCCCCGUGGGGAGGAUUGUAGACAAGAAUCCGAAUGCUGCAAAGACGGACCUUGCUGAAGAACUUUGGGAGACAACUGAGAAAUUUUUGCAGGGGCUGGGCUUGUACAAGCCUAUGGCGGAGUGGUUUUAG